CACAUUUACAUAUAAAUAAAUAUGCAAUAUUAUUAAUGAGAUCCAUUUAACAGACCUCCAGUAUUCGCUGGGACAUGAUUGUCAUAAACAAUUGUGAGCUUUGCUUCGUGACCCAUGACCUUUUGACUCCUGAGUAUGUGUCACGUGUCAAUAGUGGACAUAAAUAAUUAGCUGAGAGCCAAGGAACAUGCUUUAUAAGUUGGGCCCUUUGAGCUCUGGCUCUACUAGCAUUCAGACUACUCUACUGUCACUUGUGUUACUUGAUCUGCUUCACCAAUAUAACCUUGGCCUUCAUCCACUCACAGUAUAUGUAAAAGGACUGCCUAGUGGCUCUACAGUUAGUCUCUGCCUGUCCAACUGCUUGUACACUCGGACACCGUGAGGAUGUCGGAUCAGUCGGUUUUUGAUGUGGACGUAUGGACCCUCACACGUUUUGUCAUGGAGAUGGGGCGGCAGGCGAAGGGGGCCACCGGAGAACUCACACAGCUCAUUAACUCCAUGUUAACAGCUAUUAAAGCUAUUUCAUCUGCUGUCAGGAAAGCCGGACUCGUUCACCUUCAAGGCCUUGCGGGACAGGUGAACGUCACAGGCGAUGAGCAGAAGAAGCUGGAUGUGCUUUCCAAUGAUCUGAUCAUAAAUAUGCUGCGGGCCUCUUAUGGCACCUGUCUGAUGGUUUCUGAGGAGAACAAGGAUGCCAUCUACACACCUGCUGAGAAAAGAGGGAAGUAUGUAGUCUGUUUCGAUCCUCUGGAUGGCUCCUCCAACAUUGACUGUUUGGCCCCCAUAGGCACCAUCUUUGCCAUCUACAAAAGAACCUCAGAAGGAGAACCGACAGACAAGGACGCCCUACAGCCGGGCAAUCAGAUCGUGUGCGCGGGUUACGCUCUUUACGGCAGCGCAACGCUAGUGGCUCUCAGUACAGGAGCUGGAGUUAACUUCUUCAUGCUGGAUCCAGCAAUUGGAGAAUUCAUUCUGACAGACAGAAAUGUGAAGAUCAAGAAAAAGGGGAAGACUUACAGUAUCAACGAGGGCUAUGCUAAGUACUUUGAACCGGCAGUGAAUGAUUAUUUAAAGCACAAGAAAUACCCAGAGGAUGGCAGUGCCCCGUAUGGUGCCAGGUAUGUUGGGUCGAUGGUGUCUGAUAUACACCGUACCAUUGCCUAUGGUGGCAUAUUCAUGUACCCAGCCAAUGAGAAGAAUCCAAAAGGAAAGCUGAGGCUGUUGUACGAGUGUAACCCCAUAGCCUUCCUGAUCGAGCAGGCCGGGGGCAUCGCCACGACAGGCACCCAGCGCGUCCUGGAUGUUAUUCCCGAGUCACUGCACCAGAGGUUGCCCUUUGUGGUGGGAUCCCCAGACGAUGUGGAGGAGUACUUGUCUUUUGUCAAGAAACAUAAAAAGUAGAGAUUUCGGGUUGCGAUUUGAUCUAUUUAAAGCCCACACAUGACAUCGAGAUACAAAACAUCACUGUAGCUUUUUUUUUUUUUUAAAUAGUAAAAGCAAUGCUACUGUAAACAGAAUCACAUUUAAUUUCCAGUAUUUAAAAUCAUUUUUUUACCCUUAUUUCACCAAUCACAGAUUUGCUCUUCAGCCCCUUUGGCAAUCUUUCUUCCUCACUUAUUUUAUGUGAACAUACUGUGCCUUCAGCAGUGUGUUGUUAGUUGGGAAAGUGUUUACACCCUCUCGUUCGAACAGACCCAUCCCUACUAGUAGAAGAGUCAAAACCUCAAUAAUCUCCACUCGGCAAGUCUUAGUUUGCUGGUCAUGAUGACGGCCCAUGUAAUGGCAGCGUGCCAAGAGAUAAACAAAUAGAACACGCUGUAUUGUUGGAGCAAAAGAACAGCCCUCCAUAUUAAUUUUCACCUCAGCAGGUCACAAUAGGCAUAGGCAAGGGAAAACAGAACUUUUGUGGCACUUCCAGAAAACCGUUUUUUCCCUUUAAAACCCUCAUUAAAGUAAUACUGAUCCUAGAUAUGCUGCUUAGGUUAAAGUUUUAGAAAGCAGUACUGUAAAUACAGAACCAUUCAAUCAUAACCAGCCAACUUCUUGUUUAAGUAGGCUUAGGUAGACUAGUUUAUAUUUUCUGUUCGCUCAUCUCAGUCAACAAAACAUCAUGAUGAGGUGAUCGGAAUAAAUGUUUUGGAACUGAUAUGGAAAGCUACAGCAAAAUAUACACACUGGUUCAAAAGUUUGGAUAGUUUUUGAAAGAAGUUUCUUAUGCUCACCAAUGCCUCAGUGUC